CAUGGUGACCGAGCUGCGGCCUAGUUGCGCGCCAUGAGCCUGGGCCUGGCGUUCAGCCGCUUCGGGAGAGCGGCGGCCGCGGUCCCCCGGCUGCUGGGGGCGGCCUCGGGACGCGGGUGGUCUCCAAGCCGCGGAUUCCUCGUUUCUCCGGGCGGCGGUGGCCGGCGGUGGGCUCCGGGGACAGGUCUUGCCCAGGCCGCCGCCGCCAGCCACUACCAGCUGGUGUACACCUGCAAGGUGUGCCAAGCAAGAUCUAUGAAGAGGAUCUCCAAACUGGCCUAUCACAAUGGAGUGGUCAUUGUGAAGUGCCCUGGGUGUAGCAAUCACCAUAUCAUAGCAGACAAUCUGGGAUGGUUUUCUGACCUUGAUGGGAAAAAGAAUAUCGAAGAAAUAUUGGCUGCAAAGGGUGAGAAGGUUCAACGUGUGGUUUUCGAUGGUUCACUGGAAAUUACCACAAAUGGAACCAACUGUGAGGAACCUGAGGGGGACCAUUCUAACAAAGCUGUGGACUCUGGAGAUCAACCGAAAUCCUAAUCCAAUCAGAAAGAUUUAAGUGACAGAGAACAGUCAUUGUGAUCCUGCUGUGAGCAGGCCAUAUUCCUUUGGUUUAGAGGGAGCAAGUCCCACCAAGAGAUAAAAUCAUACAGAUAAAUUGCAAUAACUAAAGUUGAUUUCUGCCGUUGCAGUCUAUGCAAAUCUCAGUUAUUGCAGCCAAGCCAGGGAAAUGUGUUUUCAAAUGUAUUGCGAAGGAUUUUACAAUUCCAGAUGCCUGUUUGAGAAGCCGGUUAACAGCAGGAUAUUGGGCAAUCAGUCUGUCCAGUCAGCAGUGUUGGAAAUUCCUCAGCAGGCAGCCAGGUUUUUGAAAUAAUUGAACCAUUAUGGGGUUGACCUGGUGGAGGUCAAUACUUUAAUCCAGUAACAGUUUCAAAAGCAAGGAACUUCAAAACCUCUUUCUUAAUCUCAGAGGUUUAGAUAGUUUCCAUAUUCUCACUAUCAGAUUCUGGAUAGAGUCAUAGAGACGCACAGCAUGGAAACAGACCAUUCGAUCCAACUCAUCAAUGCCAAGCAGAUAUCCUAAAUAAAUCUAGUCCCAUUUGCCAGCACUUGGCCCAUAUCCCUCCAAACCCUUCCUAUUCAUAUACCCAUCCAGAUGCCUUUUCAAUGUUGUAACUGUACCAGCCUCCACCACUUCCUCUGGCAGCUCAUUCCAUACACACACCACCCUCCGUGUGAAAGAGUUGCCCCUAGGUCGCUUUCAAAUUUUUUCCUUCUCAUCUUAAACCUUUGGCCUCUAGUUUUGGCCUCUGCUACCCUGGAGAAAACACCUUGUAUAUUUACCCUAUCCACGCCCCUCAUAAUUUUAUAAACCUAUGUAAGGUUUAGCCUCCAACACUCCAGGGAAAGUAGCCCCAGCCUAUUCAGCCUCUCCCUGUAGCUCAAAUCCUCCAACCCUGGCAACAUCCUUGUAAAUCUUUUCUGAACCCUUUCAAGUUUCACAACAUCCUUUCUAUAGUAGGGAGACCAGAACUGCUUAAGUGACUUAACCAAUAUCCUGUACAGCCACAACAUGACCUCCUAACUCCUUUCCUCAGUGCACUGUCUAAUAAAGGAAAGCAUACCAAACGCUUUCUUCACUAUCCUAUCUACCUGCAAUUCCACUUUCAAGGAGCUAUGACCCUGCACUCCAAGGUCUCUGUGUUCAGUAACGCUGCCCAGGACCUUACCAUUAAGUGUAUAAGUCCUGUCCUGAUUUGCCUUUCCCAAGUGCAGCACCUCGCAUUUAUCUAGAUUUAACGCCAUCUGCAACUCCUCUUAUAAUUUGAAUAAAUUAUAUCAUACAAACUGUCAAUUGUAAAACCCGGUAAUGCCGUGUAACAUCUGACUCCAGAUCAGCUGUGAAUUUGUGACGCUGACCAAGGUACGCCAUUUUCAACAGAAACAACAGCCUGCAUUAUCUAUAUAGCACUUUCAAUAUAGGAAACAUCCCUCUGUGCUUCACAGGAACAGUGUCAAUGCUGGUCCACAGGAGAUAUUAGGACAGGCAACAAAAGACUUCAUUGAUGGGUUUUUUUUUCAGAUAGAAAGAUGAGUGAAGAGUUAUGGAAAAAUUAUUAAAAUCAGCAAGAGAACAGAACAAGGAACAGAAUUAGUGUACAGAUGUCUUGGAGUGAAGUGUUUACAGAGAGAAAGAAGGGUGAGAACAUAGAGGAAUUUGACCACAUGGCUGAUUGAGUCAACAUUUGAACACUGUUACUGUACUAUCUGUGAUUAGAAUAAAUGAGUGCAUGAGAUACA